UGGUGUCGCCCUGACUCUCCCCCUUUGGCCGCCUCGUUGAAGCGUCGCCUCGGAAUAUUCGGGGCUGAUCGCCUCGAGCCAUGGCCCGGCGUCCGCAGAUCUCCUUGAAUGAGGAGGUGGUGCAGGCGGAGUCCAGCGCCUCCUUUUUUUCUGCCGGGCACACGACACCAGCGAACCGCAUGCGGUGCAACAUGGAGCUCAGCGUGCAAACAGGCACCCCUUCCUUCCGCGGAAGUGGCGCUGCUUCGCAUGCCGUGGUCCAGCAUCCUGUUAAGCCAGCAGAUUUCCGCCCAGCGUCUGCUCCCACGCCGGAUUUGCGCCCAGCAUCUGCUCCCAAAGCAGAUUUGCGCCCAGAGAUGAAGCUGGAAGCGGUUUCCAGCUGCGAGGCUUCGCCCCCAGUGCUCCCUUCGCCCACCAAUGCACAGCGUCAGCCAAUGAUGGCCCGGAGUUUGCGAUCUGUGCGCACCACCAUCCAGGCGGCCAACUGGGGCCCGGAGGUGUCGAAUGCGCUAGCGAUGGGCAGCAUCGCACAGUCCGCGCGCCCGGGCUCAGCGCCGGAACCCGCACCCCCCAGUAGGAGUGGAGGCUAUCAGAUGGCGCUGGAUAUGGAUGACUUGCCUUGUGUGCCUCAGCCUCCAAUGUCCACGCCCACCAACUCACAGCGGCAGCCCAUGAUGUCCAGAAGCAACCGCAGCGUGCGGAACCGCGUGAUGGUCGCGCAGGCGGCUGCGGAGCCGUUGUCGCCCACCUCGCCACCGCCCAUGCAGCCCAUGUCUACUACGUCGAAGUCGGCCAUGCAGCCCAUGACGCUACAUGCAGGCAUCACUCCCAAGUCAAACGUCGUGCCCUUGAACAUGCACGCGGGCAUCACUCCCAAGUCGAACGUGGCGCCCCUGAACAUGCAUGCGGGCAUCACUCCAAAGCCGCAGAGGCAGAUUACACCCCUGGACACUGAGACGGACAGUGAUGGCUUCAAUCUGGGGGGCUUAGUCACGCCCACCAAUCCAGACCGCAGAAAUACCAAUAUGAGCCUGAAUUUGGGCACCCCCUCGUUUCGCGGAAGUGCCAACUCCUCCGGGGCGGCAAUGCCGCCCAUUGGAGCACUGCGCCCUUAAGGGAGCUGGAAUCGAGGUUUUCACAUCUGUUUUUGGACGUCCAAGCCCUGGCAGGUGGCUCAGAUGGCUAUGUUUUUUCCGGGGU